CACAGAUAUUGUGGCAGAUCCCAGAGCAAAGGUUCCAUGUGAUAGUGCAUUGAUAUUUUCUCCAUAAAAUCAUCGAUCAUAUUCUAAUGUUGCGAGCUAUCCCACAAAAAUGCAUAGGUGUAGAAGGGCAUCCAGCAGGGGAUUCAAGUAGACUUAUUACUGGAAGUGCCGACCAGACUGUAAAGCUAUGGAAUGUUAAGACCGGCAGUGUCCUGUUCACAUUCCAAUUGGACUCAACAUGUAGGUCUGUUGAGUUCUCAGUUGGUGAUAAGCUUGCAGUAGUUACCACUGACCAUUUCAUUGAGCUUCCUUCUGCUAUACACGUAAAGAGAAUAGCUACAGAUCCUGAUGAACAAUCUGGUGAAUCUGUGCUCACCAUUAAGGGUCCCGUGGGAAGGAUCAAUAGGGCUGUUUGGGGGCCAUUGAAUAAGACUAUUAUUAGUGGCGGUGAAGACUCUGUUCUUCGUAUUUGGGAUGCUGAGACAGGAAAACUACUUAAAGAGUCUGAUGAGAAAACUGGUCACACAAAGGGGAUUACCUCUCUAGUAAAAUCUGUAGAUGGGUCACACUUCAUAACUGGUUCAUUAGACAAAUCAGCAAAGCUUUGGGACAUCAGAACCUUGUCACUUCUCAAAACAUAUGUGAGUGAACGCCCAGUGAAUGCUGUUGCCAUGUCACCACUCCUGGACCAUAUUGUGCUUGGAGGUGGUCAAGAUGCAGUAAAUGUGACAUUAACUGAUCAUCGGGCUGGGAAGUUUGAGGCUAAAUUCUAUGAUAAGAUUCUUCAGGAAGAGAUUGGCGGUGUCAAAGGGCACUUUGGACCAAUUAAUGCGUUGGCAUUCAACCCUGAUGGGAAAAGUUUUGCAAGUGGCGGUGAAGAUGGGUACGUGAGAUUGCAUCAUUUCGACGCCGAUUACUUCCACAUCAAGAUUUAAGGUUCGUUCGCACAACUCGUUGAAUUCCAGAACACUUCCCAGAUUUUGAUGACUUCUUUGGUUCUCACUUUUACCAGCUUUUGAUCACUUUUUUUAUGGUUUAUUUUGGUUUGAAAGAUCUUGUAGAGAGGUGAACUGUGUUUGGUGGGUUUUCUCCCUACUGAAAAAUUUAAUGUAAUGUGUAAAAUUAUUCCUGAAAUUCCAUUAAUAACUUGAAUUCAGUGGGAUUCUUAUGUUGCUGUUUUAUUAAUGAAAACGGUUUCUACUC